AUGCUCUUACGCGACUUCUGCUUGGUUCUUCUUAUUCUAGCCGCUCUUGUUAUCUGUCAAGAUGAGAGCGAAUUCAAGGAAGAGAAACGAAGAAUAGGUCUUCGUCUCCCGAACUUUUUGCGGUACAAGGACCCUGAAGCUCCUAUUGUUCACAAACGGCGGAUCGGACUCAGACUCCCAAACAUGCUGAAAUUCAAGGACACCAGUAACAUGUACCACUUGGAGAAAAGAAGAAUGGGAAUGCGUCUUCCAAAUAUCAUUUUCCUCCGUAACGAGAAGAAAAAUGUGCUUGAGUACUAA